AAAAUCCUUUUGGCCAAUUAGCAUAUAUAAUAUAGAAAUCCUAAACUUGCGUGCCGACUUUAUCUUUCUCCGUCCUGUAUUAUCUCGUCUACUACGUUUUCCAUUUUCGUUCCGAUCCGUAACUCUCAUUUCAGCACCAUGACUGUUCACUCCCAGAUUCAAGAUGAAACUGGCAGAAGUGUCAAGCCUUCUUAUUUUAGCUCGCCACCUUUGGACGUUUCGGUCGCAUUCCCUCAGGCAACUCCAGCAUCUACUUUUCCUCCUCUUGCUUCCGACUAUUAUCAAUUUAAUGAUCUAUUGAGUCCUGAGGAGCAGGCUCUACGUAAGAAAGUAAGAGAGUGUAUGGAAAAAGAAGUAGCUCCUAUAAUGGCAGAGUACUGGGAGAAGGCAGAGUUUCCAUUCCAAAUUGUUCCCAAACUUGGUGCUCUUCAUAUUUCUGGUGGUACUAUCAAGGGUUAUGGAUGCCCAGGUCUCUCCCUCACUGGAAGUGCUAUUGCAAUGGCAGAGGUUGCUAGGGUUGAUGCAAGUUGCUCAACUUUUAUCUUGGUGCACUCAUCUCUAGCCAUGCUUACAAUUGCAUUAUGUGGGUCAGAGGAACAGAAGCAGAAGUAUUUACCAUCAUUGGCACAGUUAAAAACUGUAGCUUGCUGGGCUUUGACUGAGCCUGACUAUGGAAGCGAUGCUAGUUCUCUGAAGACAACUGCAACAAAGGUAGAAGGAGGAUGGAUACUUGAGGGACAAAAACGCUGGAUAGGAAACAGUACUUUUGCAGAUGUGUUGGUUAUCUUUGCCAGGAAUACUACAACCAACCAGAUAAGCGGAUAUUUAGUUAAGAAAGAUUCCCCUGGAUUGACAGCUACAAAAAUACCAAACAAGAUUGGAUUGCGAAUUGUUCAAAAUGGAGAUAUUCUCUUAAAGGAAGUCUUUGUUCUGGAUGAGGACAGAUUACCUGGUGUGAACUCUUUUCAGGAUACAAGCAAGGUACUUGCUGUUUCUCGAGUAAUGGUUGCAUGGCAACCUAUCGGCAUAUCGAUGGGUGUCUAUGAUAUGUGUGCCAGGUACCUGAAGGAGAGGAAACAGUUUGGUGCUCCAUUGGCAGCCUUCCAAAUUAACCAGCAGAAACUUGCUCGCAUGUUGGGUAAUAUUCAAGCAAUGACUCUUGUUGGUUGGCGCCUUUGCAAAUUGUAUGAAGAGGGUAAAAUGACUCCCGGUCAUGCCAGCUUGGGAAAGUCGUGGAUUACCUCAAUGGCAAGAGAGACAGCUGCUCUUGGGCGGGAGUUACUUGGUGGCAAUGGAAUUUUGGCCGAUUUUCUUGUUGCAAAGGCAUUCUGUGAUUUGGAACCCAUUUACACAUACGAAGGCACGUAUGACAUCAACAGCUUGGUAACUGGUAGGGAAAUCACUGGUUUUGCCAGUUUUAAGCCAGCCUUAGUGAGCCAGCGAAGCCGCCUAUGAGAAGUACCGUGUAGACUUUCUUCCCUUCGAACUUGUUACAGUAAAAGUUGAAUAAUGUAAAAAAGAAUCCUAAACAGAGUCAAUCAACUUAUUACAGUAGAAGUUAAAUAAAUUAUUGCUUCUGUUGUCA